CGGAAGUUGGAGCGUCUCCGCCUUGGCUGAACUUCAGUGGUAGACUCGCCUGGUAGAUCAACAUGAUUUUUUAUCUGGCUCUGAGCUCCGUCACCAACUGAGACCAGUUGAUAAUUUCAAAUUUGGGGACAUAAUAACCAAACACUUCAUUGGACGUCUUUCCUCAGGUAAAGCUGAUGAUGGGCGACGAAGGAACCCAGAUAUGCAGCAACUGCAAGCACGAUAUUCCUGAAGCCAACUUCACCACACAUGAGAUCCACUGUCGGAGGAACAUAGCGCUGUGUGACGUCUGCCAGGAGCCCGUGCGAAGAACAGAGCUGCAGACACACAAGGAGCAGGAACACACGCAGAUAAAAUGCAAGUGUGGUUUGAAGAUGGAUAAGGGCCGUGUGGAAAUCCACCAGAGCUCAGAGUGCGCCCUGCGUCUGGUCCCCUGUCAGUACUGCGGCCUGGAGCUGGCCUCCAGGAAGGCCCAGGAGCACGAGGAGUACUGCGGCACGCGAACCGAGCCCUGCCCGCUCUGCAGGAGCAACGUGAUGCUGCGGGAGCAGGCGGCCCACCCGGCCAUCUGCGGCAGCCUCACGCCCCCCCCGGAGAGGAACAACAACCGGACCAGCUUCAGCACGGCGGAGCCUCAGUCCCCCGCGGCUUGGUUCGACGUGCCCGCCAUCCGGAAUCUUCUGGAGGCCGAAAGCAGGAUUCCCAAGACCUGCAACAUCAGUGCAGGGGGGGGAAGGGGCUUCCACUGGUCGCCAGACCCCAGGGGGUACAACACGGGCCGGGGCCCUGGGGGACCAGGGAACAGGACCACCUCCGUCCCGGGGAACGCAUCAUUCAGCCAACUGCUGGAACAUGCAGAAGAACAGACAGUUUUCAGCACCUCCAGCACCACCAGCCCCGGCAGUGCCUGGCCUCAGGGCUCUUCCUCUGCGGAGGAGGAGGAGACCAACCUGGACUUCCUGCUGGCGCUGAGUCUGCAGAGCGACCCGGGCCCGGACGAGCUCGCGGCCGAGGGCAGCUCCUUGUGGACGGACGUCUGGGACGAACGACUGGGGAGGAAUCCUCCCGACGCCUCCAACUCCUUCAACUCUCCUCCCAGCAACAACAACGUCCAGCACCCAGAGGCAGCUGCAGCCCAGGGUAACCAAUACAAAGAUGCCAUGCUGCCUUGUGAGUUCUGUGAGGCCUUGUUCCCCGAAGAAGACCUCAUUUUGCAUCAGACCGGCUGUAGCCCCGCGUCGGUCUUCGCCUCCUUCAGCAAGCGGCCCCUGUCUCCCUCUGACGCAGAGCCCAUGAGCAGGAGCACCAGCGGAACCUUCCACAGCCACGCAGAGCCCGCCGCCAACCGCCCCGGUCCCUCCAGCUUCCUGCCCAUGGACGCCCCCGCCCGCUGCAGUCCCCCGGCCCGGCCACUAGAGGGCGAACUGAUGAUUCCCUGUGAGUUCUGCGGCGUGGCGCUGGAGGAGUCUGUGGUGUUCCAUCAUCAGGAUAUGUGUGACCUCCGACCCUGCUCCUCCAAGCCAGUGAACAACAUAAAGAAGGCCUCUUUCAUCACGCCGUUCGCUGCUGUAGAGAACCCUCGCAGACGAGCCUCUCCAGAGCCUCACAGGAGGGUCCAUCACCAAGCCGAGCCACUCGGGGAGCUGUUCGGAGCGGAUGAAGAGGAGGAGGACGAGCAGCGGUGGGGAUACCCAGGGAGGGGCCCUCAGAGUGGGGGUCUGCCGCCCCCCCCCCAGAGGGCCGGCGUUGGUGGUAAUCCUGGUCCAAACCGGUCCCAGCGCAGCAGAGACCUGGGUCCUCUCUCCUCCCUCCUCGACACCCCCCAGUACCCCAACUCAGCUUCACCUGGACCAACUACAUUAGAGGGGCGAAGGAGAGGGAGGAGCCCAGGGAGAAAGCUGCCGAAGAAGCCAAAUGAAGAGUAAGAUGAAGAGGAGGAUGACCCAGCCGGAGGGGUCAGGACGAAGAGGAGGAGGGGGCAUGAUGAAGAGGAAGGGGGCAGUAAUAUCUGUGUUGUUUUAUCCUUCUCUGAUCAUCUUGGUUUCCUCUGUGAUCAAGGAGAUGUCCAUACUUGAUAAGUGCCUGUCUGUGUGCUGGUGUAUCGUGGAUUAUUUCCUGAAGCCAUUCAGCCUCUAAUUUGAAAUGGAAUGUAGUCACCUCUUGUCCUGAUUAAGUUUUUAAACGUUUGUCUAACCAGUCUAAUCAUAAUUGUAUUUUUUUAAAUAAGGGAUUUUUUUCUUUUUUUAUUAUAGGUUAUUCUUAUAUAAUGGCAAAACAACUACUAUUACUUAUCGUGAUCAUCUGUAAGGGUGAUACUUCAUUUGACUGUAUGGGUUUAUGUGUAAGGCAAAAUGUUUUUUUGCUAAAACAAUUGUGCGUGUAAACAUUAUCAUUCUGCUAACUGACCAAGAACAUUCCACUUCAAGCAGUCUCUGCUCUUUUCAGUUUGAUUUAAAACUGUUUUUGUUUAAAAGUGUUUUUCAAAACUGUUAAGUAUUAUUGGUUAAAAUCUAUGUAACGUAUGUUUCCUUUCAUCUGAAAUACAGAAAAUAACUUUG